UUGCUACCGUUCCCAAACAGGAAUAGGAAUAGCAAUCUGGAAACCCUAAAACGUAAAAUAUAAUACUGAAAAUCUCAUCUACACCGCCGGUCCGCCAUACCUGACUCACAUCAGCUAUCAAUCAAGAUUCAAGGCUCUCAUGGGCAAGCGAGAGAAUCAAAGAGGGAAGCUCAAUCGCGAGCUUGUAGAAGAAGAAGACCGAGUUCAAACCCCCCACAAGUCUUCAUUUCUUAUCAGCGACGAUGAUGAUGAAGACGAGGCAAACGAAGAUUUAAGUCUCAAAAUUGUCGAGAAAGCUCUCUUGAUGCGUGCCGCGAAGUUGGUCCCGGACGACGGUGUUUCGUUUCCCUCUGAUGGAGUUGAUUUUGUGGUGAACAAUACUCCUUCGGGUGUUGUUGCUGGUGCUGAAGUAGUAAACAAUGCUACGGAGGAGAAAAAGAAACUGAUUAAGAAGGUAAAGAAGAAGACGAUAAAGAAGACUGAAAUUGCAAAUGGCAAUGAUGUGGAGACCAAAGAAGAAGAGAAACCAGAAGACAUUAAGGCAGUGGUAGCUGAGGUCACCGAGCCAAACCCAGUUACGGUUGCAGACAAUAUUGUGCUUCGUAAACUUCUUCGAGGGCCAAGGUAUUUCGAUCCUCCAGAUAGUAGUUGGGGAACGUGCUAUAAUUGUGGUGAAGAAGGGCAUGCGGAAGUCAACUGUAAGUCAGCUAGGCGGAAGAAACCGUGUUUUGUAUGUGGGAGUUUUGAGCACAAUGCAAAGCAAUGCAAUAAGGGACAAGAUUGCUUCAUCUGCAGAAAGAGAGGACACCGUGCUAGAGACUGUCCUGAUAAGCACAAGGGUAGCUCCAUGAGAUCAAAUAUAUGUUUAAAGUGUGGAUAUAGUGGACAUGAUAUGUUUUCAUGCCGGAAUGAUUAUGAACAUGAUGAUCUCAAGGAAAUUUGUUGUUAUGUUUGCAAAAAUAUGGGGCAUUUAUGUUGUGUCAAGUAUGCAGAUUCUUGUCAAAACGUAGUUUCUUGUUACAAAUGUGGUCAAGUGGGACAUACUGGUUUGUCUUGCACAAGGAUGUAUGGUGAAACCACAGGAGGAACUGAUGUUGUGGCUAGCUCGUGCUUUAGGUGUGGGGAAGGAGGUCAUUUUGCACGAGAGUGCACAAGCUCUUAUAAGGUGGGUAAAAGGGACCGGGAACCAUCCACGCCAACUUUGAGAGUUCAUAGAGAACAUAAACACAAAAAGGAAUUCAAGUCUGCUCCUCAUGACCUUGGCAAGGCUAAUAAAAAGAAAAAAUCUCACCAUCAUGAACCAAGUGGUGUUACAACACCGCGAAAGUCAAAACAUAGAGGUGGGUGGAUAGUGGAUGAUCCUGGAGACUUCUCAUAUGACAACGGCAGAAAUAAGAGUUGGAGGUCUCCUGUGACACCGACAGGUAAUCAUCGAGGUAGAUGGAUGAGAGAGGAUCUUGGGGACUUCUCCUACGAUAAUAGGAGAAAACAGAGUUGGAGGUCUCCUGCAUCACCUUACAGCCAGGGUCAUAGAAUCUCUACUAUAACUGCUGGUGGUCAUAUAUCAAAUUCCCAGUCCUCUAAACGAACAAGGAAGGGUUAUGGGAAUCGACAUUUCCAAGGAUCAUAUAAUGCAUGGUAGCUUUAAUAGUUUUUUUCUUUUCUUUUCUUCCUUCUUUUUGGCUGUUUCAAAGCCAAUUGUUGUUACAAAGUCAAUAUCUUCCUUAUUUAUUGGAUCACAAAAAGUACAAUCUUUAUUUUACUUGGUCUUUUAGCCCAGCCCGUUGUUAAGCGUGGUCUUGUUUCAUUCAAAUACAAAAUAAUAGUUUUGUAAAUGUAAGGUUUUCUUUUUGCUUGACAUAAUUUGACAAAGUGUGAUCGUGCUUGUGUUGGAGGUGCAGAUGAUAAUUGCAGGUCAAAUUAUUUGUAGGACUGAACUUAUGAAUGCUAGCAACAAAUUAUUUGUAUUGGAUUGUGUAUUCAUUAAUUAUUAUUUUCUGAGUUA